GUCAAUAUCUUCAAGUUGAAGGUAACUUCGAGCUUUACAAUGAGCAAGUUUGGUUCUACUGCUUCACUACAUGAAACUGAAAAAAUUGAUUUAGAAAGCACUGAGAAGAUAAUUGAAAUGAAAUGUGAACUCCUUAAGAAACACUUCCUGGCUGAAAAUCAGACUGAUAACUUGAAACAGCUCAAUGAAAAAAUAAUAAGUUUAAGAGAAGAUUUGGAAAGGCAUAAGAAGGAAAUUUUUGAUUCCAUUACUUCUCUUCAAGAAAUAUCAGCUGUCAAUCGGAGGUAUGAAAUUGAAAAAGAAAUAGAAAAUGUCCUUGAGAAUAGUGAUCUGUUCACUGCAUCAGGUUCAGAUCUCACUAAGUAUUUGAAAGAUUUAACUCAAGCCGUUGAACAGGAAAAAAAUAAAAUAUCAUUCCAAAAAACCUUGCUGGAAUCUCAAGAUCAGCUUAAAGAACUCCUAUCCGAGACUGAAUUAGAAUUAAAAUUAAAAUUAGAAAAUGAAGACAGCGAUAUAAAUAUUGUUAAAAAAUUGACGACAUUUCUUCCUUCAUUAGAAGAAAACUUAGAAAAAUGCAAUGAUUCCAAUGAAAAGUGUGCUGAAAUCAUAGAAAGUCUCCAGCGACUCAUUCUGCAUCAGAAUACUCUGCAAACUAUAAAAAAUGACAAAACCGAAGGUUAGCUCAAUUAUGUAUAAUAACCUGCGGGUGCUGCGAUCUGUUAAAUGAUACUAGUACCAUUUGUUAUCUAGUCUGUGAAUGAAUUUAUCAUUAC